CUCCCUUUCUGCGGCGUGUGAAACCCGAGCGUUGGCGUGGGGAGCGCGGAAGGUGAUGGCGGGGCCUCCGGUGUCUCUCUCGGCACGGGACGUAGGGUCAUUUGCAUAUCUUACAGUUAAAGACAGAUUACCACAGAUCUUAACCAAAGCUAUUGAUACAUUGCAUCGACAUAAAAGUGAAUUUUUCAAGAAACAUGGAGAGAAAGGCCUGGAAGCUGAAAAGAAAGCAAUUUCUCUUCUUUCUAAAUUACGGAAUGAAUUGCAAACAGAUAAACCAAUUGUUCCUUUGGUUGAGAAGUUUGUUGAUACUGACCUAUGGAAUCAGUACCUAGAAUAUCAACAGAGCCUUUUAAAUGAAAGUAAUGGAAAACCAAGGUGGUUUCUCUCACCGUGGUUGUUUGUCGAAUGCUAUAUGUAUCGUAGAAUUCAUGAAGCAAUUAUCCAAAGUCCACCAAUCGAUGACUUUGAUAUAUUUAAAGAAUUAAAAGACCAAAAUUUCUUUGAGUCUCAGGAAUCUAUCAUUGCUUUAUGUACUCACCUGCAAGAGUUGAUGAAAACCAUUGAAGAACUAGAUGAAAAUCAGCUGAAGAAUGAGUUUUUUAAAGUUCUUCAGAUUUCGCUGUGGGGAAAUAAGUGUGAUCUGUCUCUAUCAGGUGGGAAAACUAUUUCUCAGAAGACCAAUUUAAUAAAUUCUUUGGAAGACCUAAAACCUUUCAUUUUAGUGAAUGACAUGGAACAUCUUUGGUCAUUGCUUAGCAAUUGCAAAAAAAAAAGAGAAAAAGCAUCUAUUACUCGAGUGGAUAUUGUUCUGGAUAAUUCUGGGUUUGAACUUGUUACAGAUUUAGUAUUAGCUGACUUCCUGUUGUCCUCUAAACUGGCUACUGAGAUCCAUUUUUAUGGGAAAACGAUUCCAUGGUUUGUUUCUGAUACUACUCUACAUGAUUCUAACUGGAUAAUCGAACAACUAAAACAUUCUAAUCAUAAGUGGGUGUCCAAAUGUGGGGUUGACUGGGAAAACCAUAUUAAAAUGGGCAGAUGGGUUUACCUCGAUCACAUCUUUUGGACUCUGCCUCAUGAAUUCAGUGCAAUGCCUCAAGUCGCUCCUGACUUAUAUGCUACACUACAAAAGGCACAUUUAAUUUUAUUUAAGGGUGAUUUGAAUUACAGGAAGUUGACGGGGGACAGAAGAUGGGAAUUUACCGUUCCAUUUCAUGAGGCUUUGAAUGGCUUCCACCCUGCACCUCUCUGCAGUAUAAGAACAUUAAAAGCUGAAGUUCAGGUUGGUCUGCAGCCUGGGCAAGGUGAACAGCUCACAGCUUCUGUGCCCAACUGGUUGACCAUUGGGAAAUAUGGAAUAUUUCAGUUUGAUGGUCCACUUUGACUUGGUGUAGGAACUCUCAGUUGGGUAGAAAGAUGUGACAGUCACUCUUCAUCCCCAGAAAAGCUCUGGGAAGCUUGGCUUCUCAGUGCUCUUUUACACACAUUCUGAUGCUUUCUCCUUUGAACGUUUUGCCCCCACUACAUUGUUUUGGGGAUAGGUGGAUUACACUGGUUACAGAUAGUUACAUUUAUGUUGGAAUUUUAGUAACUUAUUUCAAGUUAAAUGCAUCAUUUCAAAUGGUUUUAAUGAACUUAUUUUUCAUUGGACAGAAAUAUAAGUGAAUUCUGCUUUAAAAGUUAACAUUUUAAAAAAUACUGUGCUGCAUGGUAUUUAAUAUUCUAGGAGGCAUGGAAUUUUACUCAACUUGAUUUUGGGCUCUAGAGAUAAGGGCUCAGUGAAGAUAUAAUAUAUUUACAUGUUAAAUAUGCUUUGUAAAGAGAGGCAUUUCUUAACAACUGUGAUAUCUGAACACACGAAAGUAAAACUUACCUCAUAAGUUAAUUCUUAAUUUUGUUCUCCUUGAAUUUUAUUUCAUUUCAAUAACCUGUAUUAUUUGCACGCAUUUGUAUUUUGAUUGACCUGUAGAAUGGAUGGUAGGAAACACAAAAUUGAACAGAAUGAAACAAAUAGUACUUGAAGAAAUGUAACAUCUUUUACAUUCUAUUUGUGAUGUCCAUAAUCAACUGAAAUAUAUUAUUUUAACACAUAAGUGUUUUAAAUGAAUGGGAUUGCUCUACAGUUUAAAAAAAAUGCUUCAGGUAGGAAAGAUUCUUCUGCAUUGACUUUGUACUACCCAUGAGUUAAUUCACCUUUUAUAAUCUUACACAUUUAUUGGUGAUCACAGCUAUUAAAGACUAAAUUUCAGGUCAGUUUUUCUGAAACUGAAAUUGGAAAUAAACCUGGGAAUGUUUUCUUGCACCAGAAUAAUAAAAUGAAUUGUAAAUUGUA